AUGAAAGAAGAUAUAAAACUACUUUCAGUAGACUGCAAUGAAUUCAUUUGUUCGAUUUGCUAUCAGGUUUUCACUAAGCCAAUCAAAACAUCUUGUGGGUAUUGAUCUAAUUCGAAGUUAGGCAUAACUUUUGUAUUAAAUGUAUCACGAAAUGGGUACAAAAAAAGAAACAAUGUCCUUGCUGUAGAAAAUGGUGUUCUAAUGCCACUGUUUAAGAAAAAGAUGAAAUUCUGGAUGAGAAGAUAAGUUAAUUAAAUGUAGUAUGCUUAAAAUGCAAUAAAUGGACUGGACUUAUGAAGGACUUAAAAACUCAUCGCUUCGAUCAAUGCACAACGUAUUAGUCAGAAAAUCAUUCAAUUCAAUACUAGGUUGUUGAGGACGACCCAAAUGAUAACUUAUCUCAUAUUAAGAAAGAACUUCUUUCAAUAAAAAACUAAUAGAAUUUUAAAUAGCUAAUGGAAUUGGAAGAUGAGGAUUUUUUAUUUGAAAAAAUUCCAAUUCAAUAAAAAACUAAGAUAAUUAGAAAGACAAGAAGCCAUAAAAAUUAGGAUUAAGAUGUUUAAUUCUUACAAGACGAUGAUAUAAUUAAGCUAAAACAAUCGGAAAUUUAUAUCAGAAAAUAAAUAAAAAAAAGGUUUCGAAUCUAAAAUAGCUUAUUAAAUGAUUUAAUCGAAAAGAAAUAUAAAAUAGAAACAUACCUCUUCUUUGUAACACUUUUUUAUAACCGAAAUGAGUGUUUAUUUUAAAAGUUGAGAAAUUAAAAUGAUGAUAAAUUAAGUGUAUAUUGUAUUUAAAAGUGA